AUGGCUGAAGCAGAACUUGAAAGACUGCGAAAUGAGCAUGAGAGCCUUUCGCAGAAAUAUGAACAAGCAACGGAGGAUCUGCAUAGAGCAGCAAAUGCGGGAUUGGACCUGUUACGACAAAAAGAGGAUUUGGAGAAGAGGCUGAGUGAACUUCAAACUGAUUUAGAUUUGACAAGAGCUGAAGUUGAUAAGGCUAAUCAGACUCUUGCCGAAUAUCGUUCCCAACAUCAAAGAAGUACCAGAAGUGAACUUGAAAAUGAAGAAUCCCUUCUGGAAGAGAGCUCCGCUAAAGAAGAGGAAUACCUUCAAAGGAUCGCCAGACUAGAAACGGACUUGAAGAAAAAAGAACAAGAAUUGGCAGAGAAAAAAGAAGAAUUGGAUAGAAUCAAGAAGAAACACACUGAAGAAAUCGAUUCUGGAGCUGCUUUGGAGGAUGAGAGAAGGAAAUUGAGAGCUGAACUGAAGGAAACAAAGGAGAGAGAACAGAGAUUGAUGACAGAGUAUUCGGAAUUGGAAGAAGAGAAUAUUGGACUCCAGAAGACUGUUGCGAAUUUGAGAGGAAGUCAAGUUGAUUAUGAAUCCAUGAAAAUUGAUAACAACCGGCUGGAAGAGCAUAUUGUGGUUCUGAAAUUGACAAAUGAAGAAAGUGAAGUACUUCGAGUCAUUGCUGAGAAACAGUUGGAAGAGGCUCUACUCACCGCACAACAAGAAAGAGACCAACGUUUGGCGAUGAAAAAGGAAUUGGAACAAAUGAGAACUGCUGAACAUAUCAGCUCGCUGAAUGAUAUUCUUAUUGGCUACGAAGAGGAUGGAGAAUUCCCGGUUCCACAGCCUGGAGCAAGUGAUUUGUUCAGUGAAUUACAAGGAUCCAGUGAUGUGAAAGUGAGAGAAUUGGAAGCAGCGAAAGAAGGAAUUCAAGAAGAGAUGAAGAAUAAAGAGAAGAUGUUCAUUGAAUUUGUCACUGCUCUUGGAGACUCUCUCAACAUUCAUCGGCCUACUAGCGAGCUCGACUAUAUGCAUGCUCGUCAGCAGAAGGAUGUGAUCUUGGAGAAAAUUCAAAACAUUGCUAGAGACACUGAUCGUCAUGAGAAAGAAGGAGAAGAACGAAGAUCUGGAAUCGUGAAGGCGGAUCUGAGGAGCCUCGUGAUGUUUGCUGGAGAGAAGAAUGCACAGUUGGCUGCUGCUCAGGACGCCAUGAUUCAAGCAUCCGACCAACUUUACCAAUUCUACCACCAGAUGACCCAGAAUCAAGGGAUAUCAACGGAGAAAAGUGUACAAGAGGUUGUCAAAAAACUUCGUCAGUUGGCUCGUGACAACGCUGAAGAUGUGCCACGUGUCUCUUUGGCAGAAGAAGGCGUUGAAAGUGGAACAGAAACAGAUGUGAAUGCAUCUCGAUCCAUCCCGCUGAACUCUGAUCGACUUGUGAUUGCUCCGAGUUUUGCAAAAGAAAUCGAGAAGAAAUUGGCUAGUGUCAAAGUACGAGAAGUCCUUUCGGAAGCUGAUAUGAGGCAAAGAAUUCUAACUGAAGGAAAUCCAAUUUCUGAAACAACGGAGUCUCUCAAAAAGAUGGUUCAAGUGGUGAAGAGAACCUCAGAACAAGCAUUCAAUCAAGCAGUUAUGGCCAGUGGAGCAGAAAAUGAAAUUGAGAUGCAGAAUGUGAAAUUGAGAAGUCUUUUAUCGACGAAAAGAGAUCAAAUCUCGACGUUGAGAACUGUAUUGAAGUCGAAUAAAUUGACAGCAGAAAGUGCAUUAAGUUCAAUGAGAGAGAAGUUUGAAUCGGAGAAAAAGAUGCAGAUGGAUAUUACCGAGAAGAUGAGGAGAGAGUUGAAACAGUUGAAGGAGGAUGCUGCUACUUUUGCUUCUCAUAGAGCCAUGUUCACAGCAAGAGGAGAAGAACUCAAAGCCAAGGCUCCUGAACUCCGAGCCAACGAGGAGGAAAAGAAGACGUUGAACCAACUUCUUCGUCUUGCAAUCCAGCAGAAACUCUCCCUAACUCAACGAUUGGAAGAUGUAGAAGUGGAUAGAGAUAGGCAGGCUUUUAAGAGAACAAGUACGAAAGCUCCCACUAGAGAGCCGUACCAACCUCCGAGAGCAGUUCGAUAUCCGCCAAACGCGAAUAACAACCCAACAUCCAAUUCAUCGGGUCCUUCAACACAGCCGGGGGGCUCUCGGGGAGGGCCACGAAAGGGGGACAAUCAGACGCCGACGCCAGAAGAUCCCAAUGAUAACCCAGAAAAGCCAUCGAACAAUAACAAGAGCCACGUCAUCACCACGUGGCCCUAUGACCUAAAUGAAGAUCCCCAAUUGUUAAUUGACUUGAUGAUGGAGGAAAUGAGAGUGGAAGCUGAAAUCGAGAGAAUGAAAUUGAAACUGAAGGAGGAAGAAGAAGGGGGAAAUCAACUGAUAUUCGCUGAUUGUCAACUUGUCAUUGCUCUAUUUUCACUUCCGCCCAUAUUGAUCUAUCUGGCUGUCUAUGUCUUUCUUUUAUCACCUUUGUCAUUAUAA